AUGACUUCACUCCACCAGGACAGAAUUUUAGUUGGAGUUACCUGUUGUGUGGUGACUGUGACCCUUUGGGAGCUGUGUAUUUGGCAACUCCUCAGGUUCAAAGGAGGCACUACAGAACCCAUGGAACCUCUGUGCUUCUGUCUCAACAGUGGCAGCUGUCAGGACGGAGCCUGAGUGUGCCCAGAGGAGUAGGUGGGAUCUCUUUGUCCUAUAGUUAAUUUUUGUGACUACAGUACUGAGACAGUGAACAUUUCUGAAAGCAAUAUAAAAACCUUUACUUUUGAACGGAUUAUAGUGGGUAAAUAUGGUCACUCCUAAGAAAAAUGUGCACCUCAUAUUGUGAAUGAUAAUGCUUCAGUAGCAAUCCAGACGUGCUCCAGAGAAAGGAAAAAUCCUACUUUAAAGCCUCCCACCAUUCUGAAUUGUAAUGAAAAGCUGGACUCCUUAGCAUCACAGGUUGAAACUGCAUGCUCCAGCAAGGUUUCAGUUAUUGCAAAUAACACUCAAAUCCUCACCUCCGUGCCAGACCAACUGACCAGAGAGAACAUCACUGCUGCUGCAAAUAUAGCAGCACAGAUUAUGAAAAAGCCAAAUGUUCCAGAAGACUUUCAGGCAUCUGUGGCAGUAAUGGCUACAGCGAGUCAACUCUUGGAUGCCAACGAAACAGAAUUCAUCCACAGUAAUCUUGUCAAUGCUACAACAAGCCUCAUGAAAACAAUGGAGGAAUUUUCUUUGACUGGCAACAUCUCACAGCAUGUUGCAAUCCAGUCUGCUCCACUGAAAUUAGGGUCCUCUAUGAUUCUGUUUUUGGCACAGAGAACACUGGGAAAGUAUCAGACAACAAAACUAGAAAUACAGGAAAAUGUUCCUGGGCUGAUUGGUGGCCUCAGUACUGAAGUUCAGAUACUGUUCAACAUUUUAAGUCACAGUUCAUCAGACAGUGGCAGAGUUGGAUUUGUCCUGUACCAAAAUGACAAACUCCUCCUGUCCACGGUUUAUCAGAGCUCCACAGUUUCUAAACGAGUCAUCUCUGGCAAUAUUGAUGGUGGAGUAGCCAGCAGUGCUGAAAUAGCCUUCAAUCCCAAGUACGCCACAUCCGAACUGCAGCUGUGUGAUCACGCCUACGUCGUUUGGGAUUACACUCGAAAUGACUGGAGUACCGCUGGCUGUGCAAAAGGGAGAGACCAGUUCUUGAGAUGCAGGUGUAAUCACACCACUAAUUUUGCUGUUCUGAUGGCAUUUCAGAUCAAAUAUAAAUAUGCAAAGCCUUUGGAUAAUAUUUCUUAUACUGGAGUUGGAUUGUCCAUGGCUGGUCUGGUUAUUACAAUUUUGUUUCAAACACUCACUAGGAAAACUCAAAAGUUAUCCGUAAUGUGAAUGUUAGUGAGCCUCUGCUUUUCUAUGCUCAUUUUUAACAUCAUCUUCAUCUCUGGAAUCAAAAACCACACUGCCAGGAAGUGCAGCAAUGAUAUCACCAGAUGCUACCAGCAAUACCUUCCUUGUGAUGCCACCAGUAACACCUUACUCACCUCUGACAAGGGGGAUCCUCCUGCAGACUCCUGGUGCACAGCUGUGCCUGCCCUACUGCACUAUUUCUUGCUGGCAACAUUUCUGUGGUCAGCACUCAAUUCUGCACAGUUGUACUUAUUGCUGCUCAGAGCCAUCAAGCUGCUGCCUGGACACUCCCUCGUAACCAUGUUAGUAAUUGGAUGGGGAAUCCCUGCCGUAGUAGUUGCAGUAACACUUGGAGCAACUUACAGAGAAGGAAAAGCUCUAAACUACAGAAAGACAGACUUUUGAUGGCUUGCAGCACUGGAACAAAAUCAGAAUCUCAGAGUGCAAAAGCCCAUAUUGUGGUCAUUCCUCUUGACAGUAGCACUCCUGCUUCACAUCUUGAUCUUCAUCAAAAUCAGCAUCUCUGUGAUAUUGAAGAAGACAAAUUUGAUAAGGAAUAAAAAGGAUUCAUUAAUGAAAAAUAUGAUUAGCACUGUCUCUAUAGUGAUAGUGCUUGGGAUCACCUGGAUGAUCAGCUACCUCGUUUUAAUAUGUCAUGAAAAAACAAGUCUUGCUUUCAGCUAUUUGUUCUGCAUUUUGAAUGCUACCCAGGGACUCCAGAUUUGUAUUCUGUGCACUUUCAGAACACCACUCUUCAAGAAAAUUUCCAAAGUGUUUCUUGUUUUCCAGGUACCACUGUAUAUGCAUUCAAAACCAUAAAAUAUUUCAAAAUCACAGCCUGAAAAACAUUCACAGGAUACUUUCAGAUCAACCCAGAUUUCGGAUAAUAUUUCCUUGUCUACCUUCCCUAACCAGAACUAG